CCAGAUUUAAAGUAGGCAGAUGUGAUGUCGGGAAGCUGAGGAGUUUGGUAUCGAUGCGCACAUCCCGUCCUCCGCCUCCAUCAGCGACUCCAUACUGUCCUGUACCGAGUAGCUUUAGCUUUUUGUCUGCAACAAAUCAUUGCAAUGGUUUUAAAAGGCCAAAUGUAUUCAUUUCAGGAUCGGAGGGUGUCCGGCUGCGACCUGCUGCUGCGGCAGUAAUAUCCUGAGGAUCAAACCGGAGCUGGUGGAAAGACCACGUCAGCGCAGAGCUGCACGACCAGCUGGGAGCCAGGACUAACUCCUCCACCGCAGAUGUCCCAGAGCAACAUGUACGUCUGGAAGAACCGGUUCUGUCUGAGCCAGAAGGACCCCGAGCCGGUACCGGCUCCAGAAGAACCGGCUCAGCCGCAGGUUCUUCAGAUCAAAGAGGAGCCGGAGGACCCCGAGUUUCCACAGAUCAUAGAGGUGCCAGAAGAACCCGAGUUCCUGCUGGUGAAAGAGGAGCCAGAGGAGCCAGAGGAGCCAGAGCUUCCUUGGGUCCUGGAGGAACCAGAGCUUCCACAAGCUGUGGAGGAGGAGGAGGAGGAAGAGGAGGAGGAGGAGGAGGAGGAGGAGGAGGAGGAGCAGCUUCCUCAGAUUAAAGAGGAAGCAGAGGAUCCGGAGCUUCUGCAGGUCAUCGUGGAGCAGGAGGAGCUGGAGCUCCCCCUGGUGAUCCAGGACCCGGAGGACCCGGAGGACCUGUGCUCCAGCCAGCCUCUCCUCAGCUCUGACGCCACAUUCCGGUGGUCUUAUGAGGAAACUUACUGCAACGAGAAACUCCUGUCCAAAGACUGCGUCCCGGCCCAGAGGCGAGAACCGGCGGGACUCAACCGUGACGAGGGCUCCGCCGGCCGGCGGCGGCUCGGCCCGGAGAACGGAGAGCACGGCGCCCCGGCGGCCCCGUUCCACACCGACAAGACCAAGAAGCCCGUCAAGUGCACCAUGUGCGAGGAGGUGUUCCGAGACCGCUACCACAUGAAGAAGCACCGCCGGGUCCACACCAACGAGAACUGCUGCCAGAUCUGCGGCAAGAGCUUCAGCCACAGCAGCGCCCUCACCAAGCACAUGAGGAUCCACACCGGCGAGAAGCCCUACUCCUGCGACAUCUGCGGCAAGAGCUUCAGCCAGAGCAGCAACCUGACCGGCCACAUGAGGAUCCACACCGGAGAGAAGCCCUACUCCUGCCAGACCUGCGGGAAGAGCUUCAGCCACAGCUGGAACCUGAACGACCACAUGAGGACUCACACCGGCGACAAGCCCUACUCCUGCGACACCUGCGGGAAGAAGUUCAGUCAGAGCUGUAACCUGACCAAGCACAUGAGGAUCCACACCGACGAGCGGCCCUACUCCUGCGAGACCUGCGGCAAGAGCUUCUGCCAGAGCAGCGCCCUGACCAAGCACGUGAGGAUCCACACCAACGAGAGGCCCUUCGCCUGCCAGACCUGCGGCAAGAGCUUCAGCCACAGCUGGAACCUGACCAACCACAUGAGGACUCACACCGGCGAGAAGCCCUACGUCUGCCGCACCUGCGGGAAGGGCUUCAGCCACAGCGGGGACCUGACCCGGCACGGCAGGGUGCACAGCAAGGAGGUGGUGGUCUGGAAGAACCUGUGGAACCAGGCCUGGAGCAACGUGUGCGACGACAAGGCCGUGGAGCCCGGCGGGGAGUAGCUGUGUGUGUGCGUGUGCGUGUGCGUGUGUGUGUGUGUGUGUGUGUGUGUGCGUGUGCGUGUGCGUGGGCAUGUGUGUGUGUGUGUGUGUGUGUGUGUGUGUGUGUGUUAGUGACUAAGGCCCAAUCCCAUUUCACCCCUCAGCCCUCCCCCUUGGCCCCACCCCUCCGUUUUGUGCGUUCAGGUGGAGGGGUAGGGGUGUCCCGACUGUCAUUGGGACGGUGGGGGAGGGGGGGCUAUCCACCCCUCCAAACGGAGAUUCUCCCGAGGCACACUCCAAACGGAGGGGUAUGAUCCAGUGGUGGCCGGUGGCGAGGGGCGGCGGUGGGAGCGCUUGUUUUG